CAAUCGCGCUUCUGCCUUUCACCGUAACGGUUUGGUCGCAACUUUCCGCUGCCAUUGCAGCAUUAUUCAAUUUACUCGACGCGUAAUUACCAACGCAGACAAUCACAUUAAGCGCUACAUUUUACACCAGUUCAGUGCUUGAUCUCCGUCUUUUAGUCACAUAAUCUAGCCAUGGCUGUAUUUUAUCUCCUUUUGAUCCUGAGUGCAAUUUUCGGAGCAAUUUACUAUUACUUGGAAAAUUCGAGAAUCGUUAAAAUGGGUCACCUGAUACCAGGACCACCGACUGUACCGUUCCUAGGUAAUGCACUUAUAGUGUUGAACGUGGAACCCACACAAAUAAUCGACACGCUGUCGCAAUUUACUUCGUACGGUAAAGUGAUCAGAGCAUUCAUGGGUCCAUUAUUGUACGUCUUCAUCAUAGACCCGAAGGAUAUCGAGAUCAUUUUAAGCAGUCACGUGCACAUCGACAAGUCCUUUGAAUACCGGUUUUUCAAACCCUGGCUCGGCGAAGGCUUGCUCAUCAGCACCGGUGAAAAGUGGAGGUCGCAUCGGAAAAUCAUCGCACCAACCUUUCAUUUGAGUAUCCUCAGAACAUUCGUGCCGUUAUUCUACGAGAACAGUAAAGUCUUAGUAUCGAAGAUGCGGGAGGUAGUAGGCAAGGAAUUUGAUUGUCAUGAUUACCUGUCUGCUACUACCGUCGACAUUUUGUUGGAAACAGCCAUGGGCGUCAAAGACACUAAGAUGGACGGAGCAGGCUUCGAAUACGCGAUGGCAGUUAUGAAAAUGUGCGAUAUAGUUCAUCGGCGGUCAUACAAGUUGUGGACACGUUUUGACUUCUUUUUUAAUUUAACCAAGUCUGCCAAAACGCAAGAAAAAUUAUUAGGUACUAUUCACGGCUUGACUAACAAUGUGAUAAAAGAAAAGAGGAGUAAAUACGACGCGACGGCGACACAAGAUAAAAUACGAAUCAAAUCAGUCGACAGUUGUAAGAAUAUUGAACCCGAAGUUUUCGAAAAAAAUUCAACCGAGGAGAAAGUGGGGUAUGAUUAUGUUAGAGACGACCUGGACGAUAUUGAUGAGAAUGAUGUCGGGGAAAAGAAACGGUUGGCAUUUUUGGACUUGAUGAUGGAACUCGCCCGGAAUGGGGCAAAUUUAACCGACGUAGAAAUAAAGGAAGAAGUCGAUACGAUUAUGUUUGAAGGACACGACACAACGGCUGCUGGAUCGAGUUUUGUUCUGUGCUUGCUUGGAUAUUACCAGGACAUUCAGGAAAAAGUCUGUCAAGAAUUGGACGAAAUUUUUGAAGGUUCGGACAGGGAGACGACGUUCAACGACACUUUGGAAAUGAAGUACCUCGAGAGAGUGAUUUUGGAAACGCUCAGGCUGUUUCCUCCAGUUCCAUUGAUCGCGCGAAAGCUCAAUGAAGACGUCAAGCUCGUAACCGGAGGCUACGUUAUACCCGAAGGAGCCACCGUUUUGAUACCGACGUAUCAGGUUCACCGGCAAGAGGAGAUUUAUCCGAAUCCGGAACAGUUCAAUCCGGACAAUUUUUUACCCGAGAAUAUGCAGCAGAGACACUAUUACGGCUUUAUACCUUUCAGUGCCGGACCUAGAUCCUGCGUCGGGAGGAAAUACGCGAUGUUGAAGCUCAAGGUUCUGCUGUCAACUGUCCUCCGGCACUAUAAAAUCCUGUCAGACGUACCGGUAAAGGAGUUCCACCUUGUGCCUGAUAUCAUACUGAAGCGAGCGGAUGGAUUUCGGAUCAGGAUCGAACCGCGUAAUGCUCGUGUGAGGUCUGAAUCGCAUUCUGCCCAUUAAAUUGAUAACGGUUUUUGGCAAGUGAGGUGGGAAACAUGGUUGUCAGUUUUCAUUCCGGUCACUGUUAUUCUCGGCUAACCUGCAGCUUUAUUUUGUGUCCCAUAUUCUGUAGUAGGUAUAAGGAAACGAUGUAUCUCCCGUUGUGAAUUUCUUUUCACACCGUGAAUAAAUGUUCUAUUUCUCAUAA